GGACCACGCACCGAUCAUUCGUUGCCGGAGCUUAGCCGAGUGUGAACGCGCGACCACGGACACCGCUUUUUCCAGUGCCAGUGCCCAGUUCCGGGAGACAGUUCUUUGCUGCUUGAAGCUGUUACGAUCUCGCAGUGCGGUUUUGUUGUUUUUAUCCGGUUACGGCAUUCCAGCAUUGCAAAGGCAUUCGGUGUUGGGCGUUAGUGCGUAGUGAUUUCUUUUGGUGGCAACCUCAAAGCUCAGCAAACCAGACAGAGCAUUCCUUUAGGAACCGGAGGUAUCCAGCAACGGGGCAACUACAAGAAAAAGGGAAGCGAAGCAUCCUAAUAAGGUUCAUCGUCAACCUCCGCCGAUUCUACUUCACAGAAAAAGAUGCAGCACUUCAAAACGCUGACACUGACGGUGUUGCUGGCGGUAGCACUUCUAGCCGCCGGUAUCCGGGCCUCGCCACAGGGUGACGAUUCGGCGAAGGCGAAUCGAAACAGUCUCCUGCUCCGGCGUGGAAAUGUUGGACGACCACUGGGACGUACGACACCAACCACCACCACCACCACGACACCCUCAUCCGCGGACUACGCUGAGGAUGAGUAUGCGGAUAACUAUGACGAGGGCAAGGGUGAGGAUGGUGCGGACGAUGGUGGUGAGGAGGGCCCGGCAGGUGGAAAGCAACCGACCACCACCACCACCACGACGGAGGCACCGAAAAAGAUACGGCCAAGCAUUCGCCCAUUCCGCAGCAACGAUGAUCUGCUGACAGCGCUGAAGAAGCGGCGCCAGGAGUCGAAGAACAGCAAACCCGCUGUCGCACCGAAGGAGAAGGUGUACGACGACGAGGACGUUCCCGCACCGGCCGCCCCAGCGAAAAGCGCGAAAGCUCCCGCAAUCGUUCCGAACAAACGGCGGUUCGGUAGUGGUGCGGCACGCAAGGACGACCAUUCGGCGGACGCAUCCAGCAACGACGGCCACGACGGUGGUAGUGACGGUGGCAGCAGCAGCAACAGCAGCAAUGGCGCCAAGUCCCUGAUCGGACGCUUGGGACGAUCGCGGUUCGCACUGAAGCAGUGAGCCGGCAGGGCCCGAGACAUCUCCCACCAUUAUCCUGAUGCAGGAUGCGACGGAGGAGAGCGAGGGAUGGGUGGGAGGAUGGAAGGAUGAGGAAGAUGAGGAAGGCAACUCAAUACCAGCCAGCCAGCAUUUUGGAGCAGAGAAGCACAAGAGAUAAACACAGAGAGAGAGAGAGAGCAAGAGCAAGAGAAAGAGAGAGAGAGAAGGCAAGGACAGAGAGAAAGAAAGAUCGCUUUUUGACAGGGAUUUGUUGGAUCCGCUCUGCCAUUAGCUCCGAAACGUAUCUACAGACUCCGCUACAGACUACCCCUGAUUUCCCUGUUCGGUUUUCUUGCACGAGCUGCGUUAUUGCUCGGUGCGACUGUGGUUUGCCGGGCAACAUCACAACAAAACAUCAACACCUGUCAAUUCGGCUCUGCGUUACGUUUAGCUAUUGUGUUAUAUGUAGUUAAAACAAUACAAUACACUCACACACACACACGGACACACAAACACACAUCACACACGUACACCUAGACAGUUAUUGACUCGUUGGAGCAAAUAAAAUGCGUGCCAAUUGCGGUGCGCGCCCGUUUUCA